UACUACCACUUCAAGUCCCAGUCGCUCCUGGACUACUCAGCGGGCGGGGAGCCUGUGGUCCUCCUGCUAGGGGAAGCCGGAAGCGAGGGAGAUACACAAAGGGAUAGCGGAGGCGCCGGAGAGCGAGAGAAAGAGGAAGCGACGGACUGUCUCCCAAGCAUCCUAGCGAGUAAAGUCGUCCCAGUGCAGGCUGAAAAGGCCGGGGCCAAAUAUGGGAUGGUGCAGGGGGUUGGCUGGCUCCCUCUGCCCGGCCGAGUUUCUUUCACGCGCAAGCACUUGGAGGCCCUGCGAUUGGGGAGGGAGAUAUUGCGGACCACGCAAAGCCGCCCACCUUUCUUCUUUUGUCACGGCGCGCACGAGUGGGCGAUGCUUUAUCACCCUACCUCCUCAGCGCACCCACCUCCGCGCAAGUACCAGGACAGUCUGCCCCUGCGGAUUUCCCAAACGACCCUCAAUGGCUUUGUGGAAAGCCGGCCCAUCCGCUGCACCCACUACGACGCCUUCCGCUUCUUCGCACCCGAGGCCCGCCCUCUCAACGUCUGGGGCCAGGACUUGAGUGAGGCUCGCUCGCACGGACAGCUCGCGCACGAGCAACCCGGCUGCCUCCAUGCCAACAUGGAUUUGUUCAAAUGGGCCGUGAAGUUGGGGCCUUACGCGCCCAGCGACUUGCUGAGACAGACUUUGGAAUUGGCUGUGGCUUGCCGGGUGGUGGAUAUGCGUGCUUCGCCCUAUGACCUCAGCCCUCUAGUCUUGCCGGUGGGAAAAGGGCGCGGCUUGCCCAGUGGAUAUCGCUUUGAUGCGUCGCCGAUCAAGAUCGAAACAGAGGAGGGAAGAAAAGAAUAUCAGGCGGAGCAACAAGCUCUAUUCGAUAAAGCCCAGCCGCUGCGAACGCGGCUAUUGAAUGUAUAUGACUUAUUCUUCCGAAUGUGGGAAAGCGAAGAAGACCCCAAAGUACAAAGUGAAGAAGUCUGA